AUGUCCAAAGUAACGAUACGAACUAAGCCACCGCGAGAUGUUUAUCAUCGACAAUCACCGUACAAGACAAAUCGAAAGCGAGCAUCAUCCGGAAGUUUGUAUUCUUACGAUGAUAGUGAUAUAGCAUAUCGAAGUGCUCCGGAGCACUCGAAACGAUUAUUGGACACGUCCAAUGGGUCGUCAGCAAGAAGGUUAACACGAACGAAUAGUGCAAGUGAAAUGUUGACACAGAAUGCUCUUAACCGACCGGCGAAUAUAGGAAAUCCGAAAUACAAAGCACAGGAAGACUAUUAUGAUGAAAUUCAAUUACUGAAGAAGGAAUUAAGAUACGUGAAAGAGGAUAAAAAUAAUUUACAAGCUAAAAUUCGACGUUUAGAAGAAGAUAAUUCACGAAAAUGCAAAGAAAUGGAUAAUCUUUGUGAUCCAAACAAAAAUGGAGAUCUACGUCGGACUUUAGCUAAUUCAUCGACUCCCACUGCGAAUGUUGUAAUGAACUUAAAGCAGCGUGUAUUUAAAUUAGAAGCACAACUAAAGCAGCGGGAAACGAUCGUUGAUGAAAUGAGAAAUGAUCUACGAUGGACACGCGGUACAGAAUUGGAGAUUCAAAAUCGUGCUUUAUUCAACGAACUUGAGAAGUUCAAAUUAGAACGAUUGACAUUCACCCAAGAUAAUUACAUGGCAACAUUGAAUGAAGAGACAAAGAAUGCUCUACGAAAACUAGAAACUGAUAAAAGAGAACUGAAGAUAGAAAAUGAAUAUUUGAAGAAGCGGGUGGAUGAAUUAGAGCAACUUGAUAAUAGUGAACACUUCUCGCCAAGAAAACGUAAUGGAAAUGCACAUAGAAAGACCGAAGAUUUGAAAGAUUUAUGUGAACAUUAUGAAAAUGAAGUUGAACAGUUGAAAGAUGAUUUGAAACGUAUGCGACGUGAACGUGAUAGAUAUCGCGAUAAAGUUGACAGUAACAAUGAAGAUCUGGAAGAAAUGAAACGCGAACGAAAUCAGUAUUAUCGACAAGCAAGUUUUUCAUCCAAUUCUGGUACACGCCGACGAAAUUCAAGUUCAUCGGAAGAUCGAAGUAGACACGAUCUGCGAAGAUCAAAUGAAAAGCUGGGUCCACGUUCGUCGUUAAAUAAAUGGAAUAAUAAGAAAUCAUCUGCAUCGUCGGUAUCAUUUCGCAAUUCGCGUCGGUAUGAAUGGACUAUUGAUGAUGAAAAUCGUGUGCAAAAUUUUCGAGAAAACCGAGCAGCGAAAGUCAUUCAACAAGGUUGGCGCAACUAUAGACGAUCACGAAAGUAUUCGCGGACGAAUAAAUCGAAAGAGGAUAUUUUUAGUCGACACAAUUCCAAGAUCAACGGAUUGGUAAAUUCAGAAGUACUUCUAUCCCGAAAAUCAUCAAUUAUACAUUCGCCACGUACUAGUCAACAAAGAUUGGGCUCAAAAAUUGAUAACUUUGGCAGUAGUAUCAGCUGCAAUCGAUUCUCUCCGACCAAUCUCGCGAGUGACGCAGCAUUGAAAAUUGUCCAAGCAUCAUUACGUGGAUAUAUAGAUCGAGCUGAAAUCGAUCGAUCAUCUCACAGAAAAUCGCCGCGUCGCACUGAAAAUGAUGACGAUGAUAUCUUUGUGACAUCAUCUUAUGAAAGAAAACGUGAAAGCUUUCACAAUAAUUCAAGAAGUCAUUUCGAAGAUUUUCAUGAUAAAUCCAGCUCGAUCAAUCGACGCUCAUCAUCCGAUAUACAUCGCUCUUCAGUAAUUCGUGUUGAUAAUAACAAUGGAUCCAAACAAUUUCUAACGAAUAGUCAAUAUAAAUACGAUUCGACAAGUCGAUUUUCACCCAAUGAUGAACAUAGUCCAGUCAAUAGACAUCAUUCAUCAUCACCACACGUUCGUCAGAUCAAUGGUUCCAAGCAAUCAUUGAUUGAUGGCAGAGGUGAGAUCUCUUUUGGUUUUCAUUUAACUGAACAAAAGAAGCUGUGUCUUUUGCUUGCCGAGAGAUUAUUUCAUAAACUCAAUUCAGGCAUUCAUCUUGACCGUGAAUCGUCUCUCAAAAUGAAUUCUGAACUGUUUGGGGCAUUUUUACCAUCAGGUUCAACAGCACUUUCAUCAUUAUCUUCACCCUCAUGUUCGUUAUUAAAUCCACCGAGAACUAGUAAUCUACCAUCUGCUAACAAAGUUGCUGUGUGA